AGGAUCGUCUGUUCACGCCUACCUGGCCCCCCCCGCUUUCACCCCACUCCGCGUUUAUUAUUUCUUAGCAGGUUGUCUACCUUCUUGUUGAAUAAAGAAAUUCCGCUAAGAUGUCCACCGUCGCUGCACAGGCCAUUCCGAAGGCAUUCCCCAAAGUAUUCCACAGCUGGGUGGGCACGGGGCGCAUUUUCAACUUCCUGAAGCCCUACGAGACGAACCCGGUCAUCGCCUACUUGAACAGCAUCUACAACACCGCUCCCCUUUUCAAGUGGUCCCUCUCCAUCGUUCCGCUGUACGGCAUCGUCUCGGGCAACCCCCCAGUCGAGAAGAUCGACAUCAAGUCCAGUGUGGCACUCUGUGCGACCGGCUGUGUGUGGUUCGUCUACGCCCUCCUCAUCCAGCCGCAGAACUCCGGCAGCCGCUCAUUGGCCCUCGUGAACAUUUGCCUGGCCACCGUGAACGGGUACAACUGCUACCGCUCCGCAGCUUAUCAGCGAAGCCAGGCGGCGAAGGUGAAGACGAUCGCGUAA